AAAUAUUGAAGAAAAGUUGCUUUAGUUUAAGUUUCGGUUUUGUGUGUUAGGUCAGAGAAAAAGAGAGUUAGCGUUAAGUGAUCGAAUCGAAAAAAUGGCUAUGGCGAACUUGGCUCGUCGUAAGGGUUACUCUCUUCUCUCAUCGGAGACUCUCCGCUACUCUUUUUCUCUUAGGUCGAGAGGUUUCGCCUCCGGAUCUGAGGAAAACGACGUCGUCAUCCUCGGUGGUGGUCCCGGCGGUUACGUCGCCGCCAUUAAAGCCGCUCAGCUUGGUUUCAAAACUACUUGCAUCGAGAAACGUGGCGCCCUCGGUGGUACUUGCCUCAACGUUGGAUGCAUCCCUUCCAAGGCGCUUUUGCAUUCUUCCCACAUGUAUCAUGAGGCUAAACAUUCAUUUGCAAACCAUGGGAUUAAAGUUUCAAAUGUGGAGAUUGACUUGGCUGCCAUGAUGGGGCAAAAAGAUAAAGCUGUUUCUAAUCUUACCAGGGGUAUUGAAGGCCUAUUUAAGAAGAACAAGGUAACCUAUGUCAAAGGAUACGGAAAAUUUGUUUCGCCGUCUGAAAUCUCUGUAGACACCAUUGACGGUGAGAAUACUGUGGUUAAGGGAAAGCAUAUCAUUAUUGCUACUGGUUCAGAUGUCAAAUCUUUACCCGGUGUCACUAUUGACGAAAAGAAAAUUGUAUCAUCGACGGGGGCUCUCGCAUUGUCUGAAAUCCCUAAGAAGCUUGUAGUUAUUGGGGCAGGUUACAUUGGGCUAGAAAUGGGCUCAGUGUGGGGCCGAAUUGGGUCUGAAGUAACUGUUGUUGAGUUUGCAUCAGAGAUUGUUCCAACCAUGGAUGCAGAAAUCCGGAAGCAGUUCCAACGGUCUCUUGAAAAGCAAGGCAUGAAAUUCAAGCUGAAGACCAAGGUGGUUGGAGUUGAUACUUCUGGGGAUGGUGUGAAGCUAACUGUUGAACCAUCAGCUGGUGGUGAACAGUCCAUAAUUGAAGCAGAUGUUGUCCUUGUUUCUGCUGGUAGAACUCCAUUCACUUCUGGACUUAAUUUGGACAAGAUAGGAGUUGAAACUGACAAGUUGGGACGAAUUUUGGUAAAUGAAAGAUUUUCCACAAAUGUCUCUGGUGUCUAUGCAAUCGGAGAUGUGAUUCCAGGUCCAAUGUUGGCACACAAGGCAGAAGAAGAUGGAGUUGCUUGUGUUGAGUACUUAGCCGGUAAGGUUGGCCAUGUGGACUAUGACAAAGUACCAGGUGUUGUCUAUACAAACCCUGAGGUUGCAUCUGUAGGGAAGACAGAGGAGCAGGUUAAGGAAACUGGAGUUGCAUACCGCGUUGGAAAGUUCCCUUUCAUGGCUAAUAGCAGGGCAAAGGCAAUUGAUAACGCAGAAGGACUGGUCAAGAUAAUUGCUGAAAAGGAGACAGACAAAAUAUUGGGAGUGCAUAUUAUGGCACCUAAUGCAGGAGAACUCAUCCACGAAGCAGCCAUAGCAUUGCAGUAUGAUGCAUCAAGCGAGGACAUAGCACGUGUAUGCCAUGCACAUCCAACAAUGAGCGAAGCUGUUAAAGAAGCCGCAAUGGCCACAUAUGACAAGCCCAUUCACAUUUGAAGAGCUGGUUGAUUCUCUUGUUUUCAUUUUUGUUCAAGGAUUUGCCUUGACCUGGAGAAGAUACUUUGUGUGUUAAACUUAGAUUCAGGUUUUCCAUAUACAAAUUAGCUCUCUAUUUACAUCUAUGCGUAUGCAUAAUAAAGAGGAAUGGCUGUGUUGUUUUUAUCGUUGCUGAAUAAUAUUUUUCUUUCCUUAUCUCA